UCAGCGAGAAAUGAAGUAGAAAUACUUUGCCAUUUGUCUCCAAAAAACUGCGCUUCAUUAUAUUAUCUACGCAUCGUCCGCUAUUGCAAAACUCUUUGCUUGCUAUUAGUAAAAAGAAAUGGCGGAUCAACAGUUCGGUGUUUCAAGAGAAAAUCGUGAGUUAAUUGAAGCGGCAGCAAAAAGAAGGGCCUUAUUACGCCAAGAGUAUAUUAAAUUAACAACGAACCCACAUCGGCAUGCAACAGGAGAAGGAGGAGUACUGCUGGAUACAGGAGUGCAAAGAUUUAUGGCCAUGCGUGCUACGCAAUAUGAACAUUUUCGCCCAACACCAAAGUCUUCAUUCUAUGGCCUUGCAUUGGUUGCAGCACCUAUGGCACUGUUCAUAUGGUUUAUAAAGAAUAAGAGGGAUGAACAAGAACACAAACUUCGUACUGGACAGGUUGCCUAUAGGGACAGACGCUUCAAAUUCCAGUAACUACAAGCAAUUUCCUCAACUGUAAAUAAUUCUUAGUAUUUAUGUCUCUUUGUUUGUCUGUUGAAACACAUUGUAAUGCAGAUACAGAAAUAAAUAUUCUUCAUAGCUAAAA